AUGAGCCAAUAUUGGAAGGGUGGAAAGCCUAGGCACUUAGUGAAGAAGGCAAACACUACAAACACCACACAACCCAAGAGACCAAGAAAGGCAAAGAGAUGGAUGCGUCUUCCACUUUCACCGACAACUUCCGCUUCCAGAAUUGCCGGUCCUUCUAGUGCUUCGCGGAAAAUAAUAGAAGUAAAUGCAUCCACGCCCCUGCAGCGUGUUGUUGGCUUUGAGUAUAAACCAGAGCGCUCCGUUUCGGACACGGAUCUCCGAUCGUUGGCGACGGAAUUUACCCGGUCACGAUCCACUGCAAAUGAGGCGCCCGUCAGGCGGGAUUGGCCAAAGGACUCCUUUCGCGGACCGCCACAUGAAAAUAAUGGCGAGAGCAGCCAACACGAGACGCAACGCGCAAGUCUACCUAUGAAGCAACCGAUAUCGAGGUUCUCUACCACCAAGGACAACUGGUUGGUGGUCAUGUGGCGUAUGAUCUCGGCUCUGUGGCACCCAAGGGCGGCGGCCCCCAGGUGCAGCGACCUGCUCGAUAACAAUACGGCACCCGAUCAGUCGUUCCACAUCCAAUGGCGCCGCGACAACAUUGACAACGUGCUCAUGACCGCCGAGCAGGCGCAUCCGUUGCCUCAAUGGUAUUCUCUACUGAUGCCCGUCGGCAUCAAAAAGAACUAA